AUGGAUGAACCUGCGAUAGGAGAACCCUCGGAAGCUGCGUAUGUUCCCCUUUCGUCUGCAUCCACUUCGCAGCAUCCUCGCACCGACGUAUGGGAAUUUCAAGUUGGGGGGAUGCGGUGCGGGAACUGCGCCAGGAAAAUCGAAAACAGACUGAGACAGACCUUCACGUCCAGCAUUCUCAGCGUUGAUGUCGAUGUUCGGGGGGGACGCGUGAAAGUUUCCGCCACCCGCUCUCCUGGCGCAUCCGACACAGCCGGCGUCGUGACACAUGCCGAGAUUGCAGGCGCGAUUGCAGUCCUUGGACUAGACGUCUCGCUCCUGAGCAGUGGUUCACCAGUUGCCGCUUCGUGUGUUGCGUCGGUCGAUUUCUCGGCGUCAACUUCUCUGGCCACAACGGUCGAGACCGGGAAACAAGCGGAGAGGGGCGCUGAAGAGAACCGGGGAAACCCGGAGGCGAGUCUGAAGGAGCAACUGCGUUAUGCGGAACUCAGAGUCGAAGGCAUGACCUGCGCGUCUUGCGCGAGACACAUCGAAAAGCAUGUACAGAAGCUGCCAGGCGUGCUGUCGGUCGCCGUCAAUCUGAUCCUGGAGUCAGCGACGGUUGAGUACCGAGCCUCGUGCCAUGCGUCGUCGCCGACUGUGACCGUCGAGGACAUCCGUCGCCACGUAGAAGACUUGGGCUACCGCACAAGUGUGGGCCUCGAUCGGCCUCUCUAUACGUCCUCCGCUGCAUCGGUGUUUCCUAAGCGUGCGUCUCCGUCUGGCGACGGCGGAGGAGCGGCCGGUUCAGCGACUGAGAGCACAGGGGAGAAAACGAGGCGAGCUUCCUCGUCUGCUCUUUUGGCUCCAUGUACCCCUCCAGCAGCGACAUUACACCUGUGUCUGCUCCCGCCUUUUCCGUCUCGCGCUCUGGAGUCCUGCUCGCCUCAAGCAGACUUGCCGACGUUCUCUUCUUCCUCUCGCGGCGCUUCGCGUGCGUCUUCCUCGCUUCUCAACCCCAACACGCAGCCUCUCCUUCAGUCCGCCUCGACGCAGGCCGAGCCACGGCCGACGCCGCCGCUUCCCGCUCGGCCUUUUGCGCGUGCACGCGCAGUUCCACAGGCGCAUGCGCGUCCCUCUUCUUCGGCCGCGGAUGCGUCGGGCCCCCGGUGUUCGGCUGCUCCCUCGGAAUCCGUAGCAGCCUUCGUCAGCUGGCUAGAGAAGCAACAAGGCAUUAUCGCCGUCGCCAGUGCGUCCGACGCAGGCGCAGCGGAACGCGCCCGACGCAGGUCCCAGGUUUUCUUCUCUUUGCUGCGAAGCGCGACGAGCCGUGGAGAGGACGACGCUGCUCUGUCUCGGGGGCCGUCCGCCUACCCACCUUCUCUCGCCUCCUCCGCUCUUUGCGCUCCCCACGAAACGCGCUGGGAGCGGCGCGACUUUCAGCUGGGUCUGCCGGGGAUCCGAGUCACCUAUUCGCCCGACCAAAUUGGCGCGCGGGAGAUUUUGGAGCGCGCCCGGGAGGCCGGAUGGAGCGUCGAGUGGGACUCGACCGGCAAAAAGAAAUUUGGAGACCUCCAGCAGGCAGCACACGCAGAAAACGCACUAGGCAAACAGUUUGUGUGUGCGCUCCUUCCGUCGAUAGUCGUUUUCGCGGUGAUGAUGAUCAUCCCCAUGGACGCGUUCCCCGAAUGGAUGAACCUCCGAGUGCUUCCGGGGAUCUCCGCGCGCCUGCUCGUCGUCCUGCUCCUAACGACAGCAGUCAUGUACGGCCCCGGUUGGCGCUUUCACCGCGCGGCGUAUGAGGCCGCGCGUCGCGGUAUGACGGACAUGAACGUCUUGGUCUCUCUGGCAACGAACAUCGCCUUCCUGUAUUCGCUCGUCGCUGUUAUCUUCACCAUCUACGUUUCUGUAACUGUCCCACCUGGGGGCCGGCUGGCCGCGUCAACGGGUUCUCUCGCUUUGUCAAGUCACGGGACUCCGUUUCGCUCCCCGUCCUCUGCAAGUCUGACAUCGCCCCCGUUGAGGUCUUCGCCUCUCGCUUCGUUUUCGCUAUCACCUGGCGCUGUGGUCGAUCCUGCUGGACCGGCAUAUUCUUCGUCGGCUGUCGAGAUCGUGACGCGAGGAGCGGGACUGGGAGAACCACGGAAGCAGCUUUUAGACGCAGUGCAGGAGCUCUCUCUGUCAGAAGAGAGCGUUGAACAGGAAUGGAACUUCAAAUUCUCCAUUCUGCCCUCACACGCGCGCCGCUUCUCCCCUCUUCCGCGUUUCCUCGCGGCCGUCUCCACUGCUUUCCCCGACGCAACGACGGACCACCCCGAGGCAGGGAGGGACGUGAGUGGCCGACGAGGGGCAGAUGGCCAGAGGAGUGAUUCACGUCUUCUGACCCGCGACGAGGUCCACGUCAACUCGUUUUCAGGACGAGCACCGGGACACUCUGUAGACGCUUCGAAUCUUCAAAUGCCUCCUUCGCUGUCCUUGCGUGUCGUCCAUUCCCAGUCGCCAGCCUCCUCGUUCGCUCGACCUCCGCCCUCGACUCGCGCUCUAGGCUCUGAUGCAUCUGAGUUCUCGGAUGUACCUUCCUCUUCCUCUGCAGCUUCGCAUGCCAGCGCCGAGCCUGCGGACCCGCCGACCUUCUUCGACUUAUCGGCGGUCCUCAUCUGCGUUCUUCUUCUGGGCAAACUUUUGGAAGUCAAGGCGAAGCGACGCGCGGUUGCUGCCCUGGACGAACUGUCGGCGGCUCAGCCCGAGUUUGCGUUGCUGGUCCGGAACCAGUCGUCUUCCUCUGUGACCUCGGGGCGUUGCGUGAUUCGGCGAUGCGAGAACACACCGAGCGCGGGAGGCGCGAAGCUGCAGAGUGGCGAGUCGCACAGCGGAGCGGCCGAGGAGACCGACGCAGACCCAAGCGAGUUCGUGGGGGUCCGCCCGAGCGAAAAAGCAAGUGGAAAUCGCGCGGACAGUGACAACGACAGACCGGUGCGAACUGAGAAGAGAUACAAAGGUGAUGCGGGCCAAGAGGAAGCGCGACGACGCCCACACAGACCAAGAACAGAAAACUUCGAAGAACUUAUUCCUGUUGAACUGCUCCAGCUAGGCGACGUGGUGCGAGUCCCUCCGGGUGCCACCGUUCCCGCCGACGGAGAAAAGAUUAAUGAGGAGGAGUCGCUCCUUAGCGAGGCGUUGCUGACGGGCGAGAGCGUGCCUGUUUCCAAACAAAAGGGCGACUCCGUUCUCGGCGGCUCGCUUGUCGUAGGCGGACACACUGGGGCGCCGUCUUUGCACCGGUCGGCGCCUGCCGGUCCUUCAGCCGAUUUCGGGGCAGACCGGACCACGAGGGAAGGACGCGUAGGCGCUUCUUUGCUGCUGGUUCGUGUCCAGAAACUUGGGACGGCAAGUGUCCUCGGACAGAUCUUUCGGCUGGUGAAAGACGCGCAGGGAACGAAAACCAAGACUCAGCAGUUCAUUGACAACGUUGCCGGGUAUUUCGUGCCCGGUGUCCUCCUCAUUUCCGCUGUUACAACCGUCGUGUGGCUGAUCCUGCUUUUCGGCGGCUUCGUCACUCCCUCCUUCCGCGACGUCGACGCGGACACCCUCAACGCCUUCCCGGUGGCGUCGAGGAUUCUCUUCGCCCUACAGUUUGGCAUCGGCGUCCUUUCUAUUGCUUGUCCGUGUGCUCUCGGUCUCGCGGCGCCGACAGCACUGAUGGUGGGCACAGGCGUGGCUGCGCGUCUGGGAAUUCUUGUCAAAAGCGGGCAAGCUUUUGAGCUCGCGACCAAGUUGAAAGCCCUCGUUCUUGAUAAGACAGGAACCCUGACCACAGGCAAAUUCGAAGUGCAAGAAGUCGUUCUCCUGGGAUCCUCCUUCGCCCGCCUUGCCGCCCUCGCAAAGUCGUCAGACUGGCGAGACGUCCUGUCCCCGGCAGCUCUCGCUCCCCAUGUCUGCGCUCCCAACUCUUCCUCUUCGUCGCCUCUUGCUCCUUGUGCGGACGUUCGAGUUGCGCUCGCCCAGGCCGCGGAGUCGCCUUCGGCGUCCCACUCGGUGUCUGCGUGGGGGCUGAGCGUGAGAGAUCUGAGCAGUCCAGGGCGGCCAGGCGGCCUCGCUCGGUCCCAUCUGUCUUUGGGGCCCACGGAAAGUGAAGCUGCGAAAGGUGACACACGAGGACACGGUCCUUGCUUGUCCCCGUCCCUUCCCGAGAAAGCGGGAAGGCUCGAGAAAGCGAUAAACCCGACCGCGUCGCCGAACACGUCUUCCGCACCGGCUCAAGGCUGUUCUGUGUCCUCGUUUCGCGAGAUGGUGUCAGCGUUUGUGUGGAUUUUAGGUGUAGCAGAGAGACACAGCGAGCAUCCGGUUGCAGCUUCGCUGAUGGAGUUUGUUCUCGCUUGGAAGGAUCUAGCGCCUCUCGCUAGCCCGUCCUUGUUCAAGGCCCUCCCGGGCAGAGGCCUUUCAUGCCGGAUCGGCAAACAUCUGGCCGUGGAGGUCAUCUCGCUGACAAGCGCGGAAACCAGCCGAGCUCCGCGGCGCUCGUUCGAGUUUCCUGCCGUCUGUGCGUCGGCGGCCUUCGGGUCUUCCGAUGGCGCCGGUUCCUCUUCUCCCUCCUCUCCUGUAUCUUCUGGGUGCUGCUCCAAAAGCGAGCGGAGAGAUGCGAGGGAGGAGCGGACGGAGGCGAGAGAGGAAGGGGAACCUAGAGGGGCGGGAGAGGCAUGGGCAGAAGACCAGCAACGCGGCGGAGCAACCGUCGCACUCCUGGUGGUUAAUCAAGUCUGCCUCGGUGCACUCGCGCUGCGAGAUGCCGUGAAGCUGGAGAGCCGAGAGGCAGUUUCCCUCUUAGAGUCCCAUUUCGGGCUCGACGUCUGGAUGUGCACUGGCGACAGCCUUCACACGGCUAUGGCGAUUGCGGACGCGGUGGGUCUCCCGCGCUCUCGCGUCGUUGCUGAGGCCUUGCCGUCGGCCAAAGUCGCCUUCAUCGAGAAGCUGCAAAGACCGGAUGAAACGCAAACAUACCGUCCCGUCGGAAUGGCGGGGGACGGUCUCAACGACGCUCCAGCUCUCGCGCAUGCAGAUCUUUCCAUGGCGAUCGGAGCGGGGGCGGAUCUCGCCCUCACAGCGGCGGACGUCGUCAUCCUCAAGUCCAGGAUUGCGGACCUCGUCACAUUUCUCGAACUCUCUCGAGCGGUCCUCUUCACCAUUCGCCUGAGCGUCGUAUGGGCCUGUAUCUUCAACGCAGCUGGUAUCCCUCUCGCUGCUGGAGUCUUGUACAAAUUUAGAGUCUUCGUCCCACCCACCGUAGCAGGCGCCAUGAUGGCUCUCAGCUCAGUGCUCGUCAUUUCCAAUGCGCUCCUGCUAAGGCGCUUCCGUCCGUCUCUUCUUCCUCGCCUCUCUUCGUCCUCUUCGCUGGUUUGCGGUUCGCUCUCGGCUUUCUGGUCUUCUCUAUCUUGCUCAUUCUCGUCUGCUUUCUUCCAAGGUUCCGUAGACCGCCGCGGGCGUCGCGUCUACGCCGCCGACGCUCGCCCUCCUCGAGAGUCUUCUCUUCGUGCUGCUUCUUCCGACUCCGGAGCAACCGAACCAGAACGAACGGCGAACUGCCCAGAGAACCGAACGCGGGUGGGCCUUGCAGCGGAGGUUGCGUCUCCCAGAGCACAAGACUUCACGCUUCCUCUUGUCAGUCGACAAUGCACAGACGCUUGA